AUGACUGAGUGCAAAACUCUUGUUAAAUUCAUGAAAAGUUCAGGAAAGAACAGUGAAUUAUCCAUGGUUUUGGUUCAAGAGGUUGAAACAAAAUGGAAUACACGUUUACUUAUGUUACAGUCCGUCUAUAAAUCUUUACCUGAAAUAAUACAAAUUCAUGGUGAAUAUUUUGGUCGUAUUCAAAAUAUAAAUACCGAACUUCUAAAAAGUCUCAUUGAAUUUUUGAAGUUAUUUAAAAAUGCUUCUGAUGAACUCGAAGGGGACAAAAAUCCAACUAUACAGAAAGUGGUGUUAUAUAAAUGUCUAAUUGAAAAUCAUUUAUUAAAAUAUACCAACAUUGAAAAUAAUCUUUCAAUGAUGAUGUUGAAGUAA